AUGGUUUCUUUCAAGACGACUUCUUUAAGUGAACGAGACCUUAAUAUUAAACUCACUUUAAUUUUUACCAAAAUUGGCCAACUGGAAAAUGCACAAGAAGGUAUUCAAGAACUUCAUGAACUCUUGUUGGAACAUCCCGAAUGUGAUGUCAAAGUUGACGCAUUUCUCGCGAGUGCUGGCAAUUUCUUUCAAAAAUAUCUACGUAAAGCCUUGGCUGAGAUAACUACUCGAGAAAUGAAAGCGUGUGGAAUGCUUCCAAAGGAUAUUCCCCCAUCUAAUGAAAAAAAAUCCGAUUUUAAUUCGAAUUCGAUAAAUAAAAAACCUCACAAAUUUCCUUCAACUUCCAAUCGCUGUACCCAUUCUUCAGUUUCUUUUAAUAAUAAUAACACUAAAUUAUCAAAUAACGUUGUUAAUCCCUCAUCUACAAGCGAUUCAUCUAAAAAUGUUACUUCAACCCUUACAACUUCGAAAUCUUUUUUGGAAAAAGUAAAUCGUGAAACUUUUGAUCAAACUCGGUCACGUAUUCAUGCAAUAUUUCAAUAUGAAAAAUACAAGACGGGCCAAAAGAGAUCUAGUUUACCAAAUAUUCACCAAUCUGAUUCGGACAGACUCGAAUUCGCAAAAAGCAUUUUACAAUCAAGGCCACGAUAUCGUCGUUCGACAUGGGAUGCCGCUUCAUCAUUAUCUUUAUCACAAAAACGUUUUAGUUCUCCCUUCAAACGUAGAUCAUAA